AUGCGACGCUCCGCGAUAAUCUUCCUCGUCGUCUUCGCCUGCGUCCUCAUCUUCCUCACUCACGAAGUCUGGACCCUCAUAACCCUCCUCUUCGAAGACGCCGCCCUCGAUGCCAUCCCCUUAUCAGAACUCCCAGCCUGGGACAACACAACCGAUCCCACCACACCACUCACAGGCUGGCCCGAACAAAUCCCCAAGAUAAUACACCAAACCUACAAAAAUGCUACGAUCCCCGAUCGAUGGCUCGAAGCCCAACAAUCCUGCAUCGCCCUCCACCAGCCGGACUACGAAUACCACUUAUGGAGCGACGCCGAGUCCCUCUCCUUCAUCGCCGAACAUUACGCCUGGUUCCUCCCUACCUUCUCUGGCUACUCCCACCCAAUCCAGCGUGCCGAUGCCAUCCGCUACUUCGUCCUCCGCAAGUACGGCGGCAUCUACAUCGAUCUCGACGACGGCUGCGCACGCCGCCUCGACCCCCUGCUCCAAUACCAAGCCUUCGUCCGGCGCACGAUCCCCACAGGCAUCAGCAACGACGUGAUGGGCUCCGUCCCCAACCACCCCUUUUUCGUCCGCGUCACAGAAUCCCUCCAGGGCGCCGACCGCAGCUGGAUCCUCCCCUACAUCACGAUCAUGGCCAGCACGGGCCCGUUAUUCUUGUCAGUAAUCUGGAAGAAAUGGCUAAAUGAACACGCCGGUCUUGCCCCCGAUGGCGGCGAAUGGGAGGGUCGAGUCAGGGUGUUGAUGCCGAAUGAAUACUCAACCGAAAAAGCAGAGCGGGCAUGGUUCAACACUUUCAAGGGCGAUAGCUGGCACGAGGGUGACGCCAAAUUCAUUUUCUGGCUGGGCAAGAAUUGGAUCUUAGUCACAGCUAUUGGCUUUGCUAUUGGAAUAUUCAUCGCCGUCAUGAUUUGGGUUAUGCUUAACCGCCGCGGCGGCAAGAGCGGCAGCCCUAUGCCUACAUUGAAGCGGAGGACUACUGCACCCAGUCGCAGCCGAAAUAUGACUUCGUCUGAACUGGAUGACGAGGUCAGUGAUGGGAGCGAGAACAUCUCCGUUGCGUGGGCGACGCAACCUCCCACUGGGUCCUCGUCGCAACCUCAAUACCAUGAGAGGAAAGUGCCGUGGUGGAGGCGAACGCCUGUACUUCGAGACAUUAUGGGCAAGGGCCCGUACGAGAUGUAUGAUCGGGUUGAGCAGCAUGAUGCUUAG